CAUGUAACCAGACCUUCCUCAUUCUCCCAUUUAUUCCUACUCCAUCGGAGCUUCUCUCUCUAAAACCCAUUCCUUCUCUUUCUUCAUGAUCGUCGUUUCACGUCUCUUCCUCUCCUCUCUCUAAAACCCCAUGAUCAUCAUCGCCGCCCCCUUUGUAAUCUGCUUCAACUUAGCUGCAAAAAUGGCGUCUCUCGUUGUGUAGUCCCUUUUCGUACGUACCUAACUCCAGUCUCUUCGUUUUCCCUUAAACCCCUUUCUGCAUUUUUCCAGCUAAAUACACAGAUACUGCAAAUGGCGGGUCCUUGGAACGCUUCUUAUUCCGACUCCACUCAUCAUACUCGCGCUUCUCGCCUCACCUACCUUCCUCCCCAUCUACGCAACUCCAUUACCGAUACUCUUCCUGAACGUUUCUACCGUUCUGCUCGCGGCGGAACGGCCCGGGGGAGAGGCCAUGGUCGGGGAGGUGGGCAAGCCAGGCCAAGAAAUCCGGUUUGGAACGCUCAGUCGGACUUGAAAUUUGAUGAUCUCCAGAGUGAGGAAGACGUGGUGAAGGGCAACGUUAACGUGAACGCGUACGACGACGUUCCGGUGGAGACGAGCGGGAAGGAUAUUCCUGAAGCAGUGAGGUCGUUCUCUGAGCUUGACUUCUGCGAGGCUCUCACCCAGAAUAUCAACAGAUGUAAGUACGUUAAGCCCACUCCUAUUCAAAGGUAUGCUAUUCCGGUGGCGAUGAACGGGCGGGACCUCAUGGCUUGCGCACAGACUGGUUCCGGCAAGACGGCGGCGUUUUGCUUCCCCAUUAUCAAUGGGAUUCUCAGCGAAAGGCCCAAAGGUGCUGGUAGGAGAGGGUUCAGGAAUUCCAAAGCCGCUUCUCCCCUCGCUCUAAUUCUGGCUCCUACCAGAGAGCUUUCUUGUCAGAUACAUGAAGAGGCCAAGAAGUUUUCUUAUGAGACAGGAUUAAAGAUCGUGGUUGCAUAUGGAGGGGCACCAAUAAUUCUACAGCUGCGCAAUCUGGAAAAGGGUGUUGACAUCUUAGUUGCUACUCCUGGACGCUUAGUUGAUAUGAUGGAGAAAUCAAGAGUUUCCUUGAGAGAAAUCAAAUAUUUGGCUUUGGAUGAGGCUGACCGGAUGCUGGAUAUGGGAUUUGAGCGCCAAGUCCGCAGGAUAGUUCAGUAUUCAGAGAUGCCUCCACCUGGCAAGAGGCAGACAAUGCUUUUUAGUGCUACAUUUCCAGCUCAGAUACAGAGUCUAGCAUCAGAGUUUCUUUCAAAUCAUGUAUUCCUAUCUGCUGGAAAAGUUGGAUCAAGCACUGAUCUAAUUGUUCAAAAAGUUGAACUUGUUCAUGAGUCAGACAAGAGGGAUAUUUUGAUGAACCUUCUUCACGACCAAACUGCAAAUGGAACUCAAGGAAAGAGUCUGACACUAGUGUUUGUGGAGACUAAAAGGGGAGCAGAUGCCUUGGAACACUGGCUGUUAGGAAAUGGUUUCCAAGCUGUUGCCAUACAUGGUGACAAAGAACAGAUGGAAAGGGAAAGAGCACUAAGAUCAUUCAAAACUGGACGAGCUCCAAUUUUAGUUGCUACAGAUGUUGCUUCUCGGGGCCUGGACAUCCCCCAUGUUUCCCAUGUGAUAAAUUUUGAUUUGCCAAGGAGCAUAGAUUACUAUGUUCACAGGAUAGGUAGGACUGGGCGUGCUGGUAAAUCUGGGUUAGCAACUGCAUUUUUCAGCAGUAAAAACACUCCUCUUGCAAAGGAUCUUGUUGAAUUAAUGCAGGGGGCAAAUCAAGAAAUCCCAACAUGGCUUAAUGAAUAUGCUGAGAAAUCUUAUUGUGGCAAUGGUGAGAGGGUAAAGAAAUUUGGUGGUUUUGAUUACGGAAACACUGCUGCUUAUGAUAGCUUUGGAGAGAAUUGGUCUAGCCAGUAUACUGAAACAGCUCCGCCUUACUAUCCCUGCACUGCUGACAGUAAUCCAUUUACGUAUGGUGCUCCAUUUGCUGCUGCUGCUGGUUAUUAUGUUCAUCCUGAAACUAUGGUUUCGGGCAACUAUGGUUUCGAGCAAGCAUCCCUUGCUGCAAAUGACUGGAAUUGAUUCUUAAUUCCUCACUAUCUGGUUAUGUUCAUAUAACCCCCUAUUGUUAUAUACUGGUAUGGAUAUGACUUAAUUAAACACUGGUAGUAUCUGACAUAGAUGUCAUAGCAGUGUUAGUAUCUUUUGGGUUUUGGUUCAUUUAUGCUAAAAUGCCAUUUGACUGCACGUAUAAGUACAGAUACUGUAGUAGGAAGGAUUAAGGAGCAAUGCCAUCCCAUCAGUAGUUCAAUCUAGUACGGCUUUUUGUAAAGUUCUUCUAAAACUGCUUGUAGAGCUCUAGCUCACUCCUUGCUCUUAUCAAUUUAAAUCACUGCUUUAUUUUGUCA